UGUCAGCUGGCCCAAGGCGCACGGGCGGGUGUGAGCGCGAGCACACGUGUGGAGUGUGCACUCGCGUGCGUUCUGGGGCCCGUGCCUGGCCCUCUUCGCCCCGCGCCCCUCCCGGCGGCCCGCGGCAGCUCCCGCCACUCCCGCCCCGCGCCGCUUCUCGCUCGGUCCUCGCCCGCCGCGCCGCAGUCGCCGCCGCCGCCCAGCCUGCGCCCACGGGCGGCCCGUGCUGGGCACCUGUUGGAGGCUCAGGGACAGGAAGGGAGGGCAGUGAGGUUCCUACAGACCCCAGCCGGCCACUCCAGCUCUACACCCGUCUCCCAGCCAGAGGUGCUGCAUGAGGGGCCGCAGGGGCGAUCGCAUGACCAUCAACAUCCAGGAGCACAUGGCCAUCAACGUGUGCCCUGGACCCAUCAGGCCCAUCCGCCAGAUCUCCGACUACUUCCCUCGCAGGGGGCCAGGACCAGAGGGUGGCGGCGGCGGCAGGGGCUUCGGGGAAGCCCCAGCUCAUCUGGCCCCUCUGGCUCUGGCCCCCCCUGCGGCUCUCCUUGGGGCCACUACACCCGACGAUGGAGCUGAGGUAGACAGCUACGACUCGGAUGAUACCACUGCCCUGGGCACGCUGGAAUUUGACCUUCUCUAUGAUCAGGCUUCCUGCAUGCUGCACUGUAGAAUCCUCAGGGCCAAGGGCCUCAAGCCCAUGGAUUUCAACGGCCUGGCUGACCCCUAUGUAAAGCUGCACCUCCUGCCAGGAGCCUGCAAGGCCAAUAAGCUAAAAACCAAGACACAGAGGAACACACUGAACCCAGUGUGGAACGAGGAGCUGACGUACAGUGGAAUCACAGAUGACGACAUCACCCACAAGGUGCUCAGGAUCUCGGUCUGUGAUGAGGACAAGCUGAGUCACAAUGAAUUUAUUGGGGAGAUCCGAGUGCCCCUCCGCCGCCUCAAGCCUUCACAGAAGAAGCAUUUUAACAUCUGCCUUGAGCGUCAGGUCCCGCUUCCUUCGCCCUCUUCAAUGUCUGCGGCGCUGAGGGGCAUAUCCUGUUACCUGAAGGAGCUAGAGCAGGCAGAGCAGGGACCUGGGCUGUUGGAAGAGCGCGGGCGCAUCCUGCUGAGCCUCAGCUACAGCUCUCGGCGGCAUGGGCUGCUGGUGGGCAUUGUUCGCUGUGCUCACCUGGCUGCAAUGGAUGUUAACGGCUACUCUGACCCUUAUGUGAAGACGUACUUGAGACCAGACGUGGAUAAGAAAUCCAAGCAUAAGACGUGUGUAAAGAAGAAGACGCUGAACCCGGAAUUUAAUGAGGAAUUCUUUUAUGAGAUGGAACUCUCCACUCUGGCUACCAAGACCCUGGAAGUCACAGUCUGGGACUACGACAUUGGCAAAUCCAAUGACUUCAUAGGUGGUGUGUCUCUGGGGCCAGGAGCCCGGGGAGAGGCCCAGAAACACUGGAGAGACUGUCUACAUCAGCCGGACACAGCAGUGGAGCGCUGGCAUACCCUGACCAGCGAGCUGCCCCCAGCAGCAGGGGCGUUGCCGUUGGCCUGAACAGACUGCAGCUGCCCAGCACAGGCCCUCUGCGGCCGGGUCCAGUACCCAACCUUCGCACGAGUGUGUUGCACGUUUACAUGGGUGGGACGCCCCUGCCCCACACUACCUGUCUUAUUUUUGUGAGUCUCUGUGACCGUGGGUCUAUCUUCUUGUGAGGGAUGUGGAGAGCUAUAUUCACAUAUGCAAACUUCCUCCUGCCUGACUUGCUCUUACCUGCAAAUAUGCAACCACCCCAUGCACAGGGCUACGUGGGAGUCUCCUGCCAGUGCCCCACCCAAUCCUGCAGCUCCUCUCUUGGCCUCUCCAGGCUGCCUGGUCCCCUGCCCCACAAGGAGGGGGUGGGAUUAGGGGAGAUUAGAGGAGGACAUUUCCAAAUAGAGGAAAGGAUAAGGAAAGAAAGAGCCAACUCUUUAAUACAGAGCCUUCAUUAAAAUGUCCCAGCCCUGCGCAGCUGCUCUUCUAAAGGGGCGGCCACCAAGGGUCUCUACCUUCCUAAGAUGUAGCAGACCCUUUUGGCCACUCAUUAAAUAAUUGUUCCCAGGAUGGGGGUGGGUGUAAGGGCAGGGCCCCUGCCACCUUCCUCGGGGACAUUUGUGCAUGUUUACGCCUUUUCUGAUUGUGUCAGUGGCCGAAGCAUGGCAACUGGGCAUCAAUAAACAUCUCUUGAGGAA